UCUUCCGGAUGACGAAGAUAACUUCCGGAAGACCAUGACAUCAUCCGGAAGAUGAAGACGUCUUCCGGAAGAUGAAGACGUCUUCCGGAAGAUAAAGACGUCUUCCGGAAGAUGAAUAGCAGCUGCAAUGGAUUCCGACCCGGGGCGUCUCAGCCAAUGGGAGUUCCGCGUCUCCUGCCAGGAGCUCAUUCGACACUCUGACGUCAUCGGCGACGGGUGGGCGUGGCGAGGGGGUGAUGAAGAAGGGUUCCUGGCCAAGACAAGGUGGGAGGAGGUCAAUUCGUGUGAUGAGGCAUCACAGCUGAGUGUGGCUGCUGUUGCCUUGAGUCAGUCACUUCGGUUUGACCACCACGUGGUCUACUCAGCCAGUUUCGCUGUGCCAGUCCUGUACACAGCUGCCUGCAGGCAGGAUGGCUCCCCUCUCUCCCUGGAGGAGUUGAGAAGCAGAAUCCCAAAAUCACUCAGAGACUCCGUCACUGAUUCACUCACUCCCCAGGAGCAUCCCCUGCUAGGAUGUCCCUGCUUCUGGCUACACCCGUGCAGAACGUCGGCGGUGAUGCGGAGUAUGAUGUCUCACAUCAGACGUGAGGGCUACGUCGCUGCGUGGCUGAGCGUGAUUGGUCCCCACGUGGGACUCAGUCUGCCAAUCAGCUACGCCGCCUCCGUCCUCGGCCCCGCCCCCUCGAUCACUGGCCCCUCCCCUCCCGACCUCGCCUCAUCGUCUGAUAGCCCCGCCCCAUCGUCUUGUAUCCCCGCCCCUUUGCUGCUCGGCUCCGCCCCCUCAUCUGAUAGCCCCGCCCCUUCGCUGCUCGGCCCCGCCCCCUCGUCUGAUAGCCCCACGCCCCUCCACUCAUAGUCCCCCACGUGUUCUUUUCAUAGCCACGCCCCCCCCCUCACCUUAUAGCCACGCCCCCUCAUCUCUGGCCACGCCCCGAUGGCGCCCUUCGCCCUGGGAUCAGGCCACGCCCCGCUCACCUUUUGGGCCACGCCCCCAACGCCGCUGGCCACGCCCCCUCCCUCGUUCCUGGCCACGCCCCCCCACACUUAACCCUACGUGUGUAGACGUACAAUAAAAUUACGUUGAAACGGGGAAAUUUAAAAAAAGCAAUCACGACGUUUCGAUCAACACACCUGAAGAAGGAAAACAUUACGUUGAAGCCACAUCCACUCAGGCCAACAGCACAGUUGAGACAGCUGCCCUGGCGGAUCGCGAAUUUCUAGAGGGGCGUUACAAUUUCGUGUUCUCAACCCUUUGGGAUUGCACGUGCCAGCGUGGAUAAUGAUGGAAAACACGAGGUGCACGGUCGGUAUAUAACAAUACAAAUAUACACACACACACAAGUCCACCAAGAGGUAAGGAGGGAGGAAAGACUGACGGUGAGGGAGAUAGAGAGAGAGAGAGGGAGAGAGGGCAGCUCAAAAAAUGACCAACACAUCUUGUGAACAUAAAACGGAAGCUAAAAAAGAAUGACCACCUCUUGUAAAUAUAAAAGGGCAGCUCACAAAAAAGGACCACAUCUUGUAAAUAUAAAACGGCA